AUGAACAGGUGUCAAAAAGUCGUUGGAGAACUUUUGGAGCAGGCGCUUUCGCCGCUUACAGCGAUCAGCUGGGAAGUUUUUUUGGGAGUUCGCACAGCGAUUGUGCAACGGAUGGAGUUGGGAACGGCCACCUGCGGAGAUGCUGGCGGAACUGAAGCCACAGUAGAAAGAAGUCCGUCCAAGAGCUUUGAAGGGAAGUAUCCAAGUGCGACACUCAAAUUUUGA